GGAUUAACCGGAUGGAGCUAUCCACUCCCAGGUAGGUAUCAUUCUGCAACAUAAAGGUAAUGGCAGAUCUGCAACGGACAUUGUCCGGUUGUGCAGACAUGUGGCCUUAAGGGAUGUUAAAUGCAGAGGCAGAAGGUUGGGAGGUGGUGGAAUGGGCAGCGGUGGAAGGGGCAAUGGUGGACAGGGUGGGGCUCUUCUCAACAAUAGGUGGAGGCAGUCGGGGGAAUGCCAAUAUCAAGCUUGGAGUUGAAGUCUUUCAUUAUGGGGAUGAUUUCCACCAAUUGAUCAUUCAACCCGUUAAUUGCAUUGGCAGUGGUAUU